AUGACUAAAGGGACAGUUAAAGUUGUGGUCUGUGGUGAUGAUAAGGUUGGUAAGACCAGCUUGAUUGUCACUCUUAUGAAAGACAGAUUUGUGCCCAAUCUACAAGACGUUCUUCCACCUGUUACAAUCAACCGUGACUUUUCAUCGAAUCCCUAUUCACCAAAAGGUACUAUUCUAAUCGAUACAAAUAAUGAAGACAUUAUCCAAUUGCAUCUACAGUUGAAGUCUGCUGAUGUCAUAUGGCUAGUAUAUUCUGACCAUGAAUCAUAUGAAAAGAUAUCCCUAUACUGGAUGAUGCUUUUUAGGUCAUUAGGGUUGAAUAUUCCAGUGAUACUCUGUAAAAAUAAAUGUGAUAGGUACAAUAAUACAUAUAAUAUGGAGAACCAACUUAAUGUAAAUGUUGAUACGAAGGUAGAAGAUGAAGAGUUUAUUCCAAUCUUAAUGGAAUUCAAAGAAGUAGAUACUUGUAUUAAGGUGAGUGCUUUGACUAAAUAUAACAUAAACCAAGUAUUUUAUCUUUGCCAAAGAUCAAUUACUUAUCCGAUAGUACCACUAUUUGAUGCACGUGUAGGUCAAUUAAAACCAUUGGCACGAGAAGCACUAGAAAGAAUAUUUUUACUAAGUGACAAUGAUCAGGAUAAUUAUUUAAAUGAUGAAGAAAUGCUUGCUUUACAGAAGAAAUGUUUUAACAAAAGUAUUGAUAUCAACGAAUUGGAAUUCAUCAAAGACACUCUACUAGAUUUAAGGUCGUCUAGUACACCUUACCAAAAUCCUUAUUAUGUCGAAGGAAAAGGCAUUACAAAGGAAGGAUUCCUCAUGCUGAACAAAAUUUACGCUGAAAAGGGAAGACAUGAGACAAUAUGGGGUAUGCUGCGUGAAUUUCGAUAUACCGAUUCUUUAUCUUUGGAUGACACGAUACUACAUCCCAAACUUAAUAUUCCAGAUACUUCCAGUGUGGAGUUAAGCCCAAAGGGAUAUAGAUUUUUGGUUGACUUAUUUCUAAAGUAUGAUAAGGACAACGAUGGGGGACUGAAUGACGAAGAACUUAUAUCUAUGUUUCAGUGCACUCCUGGUUUACCAAAGCUUUGGUCUCAAACAGACUUUCCUUUAUCUUCUGUUGUAAAUAAUAGAGGUUCUAUUACAUUACAAGGUUGGUUGGCCCAAUGGAGUAUGACUACUUUUCUUGAUUAUUCAAUUACUACUGAAUAUUUAAUAUGGUUUGGUUACGAAGGAGACACCAGAUUGGCCUUACAAAUCACGAAAGCUAGAAGGUUUAGACGAAGGGCAGGGAAGUUUUACAGAACGAAAGUUACAGAUAGGAAGGUCUUCAAUUGCCUGGUGAUAGGAAAACAAAAAUGUGGUAAAACUUCUUUGUUGGAUUCAUUUUUAGGUCGAAUAUACUCUACAUUAUACACUCCCACUACCAAACCAAGAAUAGCUGUCAACAGUUUAGAACUAAAGGGAGGAAAACAAUAUUAUUUAAUAUUGCAAGAAUUUAAUGAAUUUAACGAAACAGAUAUCUUAAGGGACAAAAGGAAGCUAAAAGAGUGCGAUGUUUUAUGUCUAACAUACGAUUCUAGUGACCCAGAAUCAUUUUCCUAUAUUAUUGACUUGUUCAAGAAAUACAAUAAAUACAUAAAGUCAAUUCCAAUAGUGUUCGUAGCACUAAAGGCCGAUUUAGAUAAGCAACAACAGAGAUGUAGUUUCCAACCGGAUGACUUUGCUGAACAAUUAUAUCUUGAUCACCCCUUGCAUGUUUCAUCGCUGUGGCUUAGUUCUCUCAAUGAGCUGUUCAUCAAAAUAACAGAAACAGCAUUAAAACCGGAGGAGUGUACCGCAGGAUUUCCUGAAGAAAUGAAUAUAGACGAUUCUGAUUACAUGCAAACGGCUGUUGUGCUGGGAUCUAGUAUUGGAUUUGUAACAUUAUUGGCAUUUACACUUGUUAAACUUUUUAAAGCUAAUGACCAUAAAUAA